AUGGCGGUUGACCUGAUGGGAUACUCGAGGAUGGAGGAGGACGCGGCGGUCAUCCAGGAGGCAGCGGCCGCCGGCUUCCGCAGCGCGGAGCUCCUCGUCUUCCAACUGUCCCACCGGAGACAGCAGCAGCCGCAGCCAGACUUCCGGGAGAUCGCCGACUUUGCGGUCGGAAAGUUCAAGAAGGUAAUCUCCAUGCUGAGCCGCACCGGCCGCGCUCGCUUCCGGUCCGGCCCCAUCGCCGCCACCGCCAUCAGGGACAGGGCGGCGCCGCCGCCGACGGCCUCCACCGGCCCUAAUCCCGCCGCCGUCCCCUCCUCUGCGCCGGCCCAGGCAACACACAGAGCCCCGGCGGCGGUGGCGGCGCUGCCGCCGCAGUCCGUGACGAUCGAUUUCUCAAAGCCGAGCCCGGUUAUCAACGCGGACGGCUUCACUCUCUCCCAGUCGAUGUCGUCAGCGUCUCCGUCCUUCAUGACGUCGUUGACCGGCGACGGGAGCCUGUCCACAGGGAAGCUGGGCUCCGCCCUAUUCGCCGGGAGGCCACCUCUCUCGUCGGACCUGAAGAAGAAGCGCCACUCCCACAUCCACUGCGACUCCAUCUCCGGCGGCCGGUGCCAUUGCUCCAAGAAGAAGUAACCCACCCAACCCUUCUUUUGCCUCAUCUGGUCUCGUAUCAUACGUCUCUACCAUUCGGACGAUCGAUCUCAAACGGGCGAUCGUCUCUCCCUCUUCAGGAGGCACCGGGUGAAGAAGGUCAUCAGAGUUCCGGCCAUCAGCUCCAAGAUCGCCGACAUCCCGCCGGACGAGUACUCGUGGAGGAAAUACGGGCAGAAGCCGAUAAAGGGUUCCCCCUAUCCGAGGUAUAUAGAUCGCCAGAAGGUGCCCCUCGCCGAUAAUGGCCUGAACCUCCUCCUCCUUCUUGACCUUCUUCUUCUGCUUCUUCUUCUUCUUCCUCCUCCUCCUCCUCCUCCUGCAGAGGGUACUACAAGUGCAGCAGCCUGCGAGGUUGCCCGGCGAGGAAGCACGUGGAGAGGGCGCUCGAGGACCCUUCCAUGCUCAUCGUCACCUACGAGGGAGAGCACACCCACGGUCAGACCGCCCCCGCAGCGGCGGCGCGGCCACCCAACGAUUGA